AUGGGGGUGGUGAUGAAGAAGGUGGUGCUGAUGAGAAACUGCAGCUCGUGGGCGAUGAACAUUGACUGCUUUAACUCUAUUUUAAGUAUUCCUCUUCCUGCUUUGGACUCUAGGGAUGAAUUUGUUUGGGGGCCGACCUCCAGCGGUAUUUUUUCUGCUAAAUCUGCCACUUGGCUUCAAUGUGAUUCGGUUGCUCCCUAUUCGAGGGUUAAAAUUUUGAAUGAAAUAUGGAGACUUAACAUUCCUCUUAAGCUCAGGGAUGAGGACUUAAACCACCUUUUCUUCUUCUGCCCCUUUGCUGCAAAUGUUUGGUGCUCUGCUGGCAUUACCAAUACAGAUUUCCAAAACUUUGAAGAAUGGUUUCUUUCCUGGUUCAGGAAGGAUUACCAAAAGUCUACUAUUGAAAAUCUUCUCCUUCUUUGCAGGAAAAUUUGGGAUGCGAGGAAUAACCUCAUCUUCAGACAUUCUCCCUCUCUUCCUAACAUGGUGGUUCAUGCUGCGGCAUCCAUUGGUGAGAAUUACAGAAGGAAUAACCCUUGCCUUUUCAAGGGUCCUGCUUCUACCUCUCAAGUUAUUUGCUGGCUUCCUCCUCCUGCUGGCUUCGCCAAGCUCAAUUUCAAUGGUUCUGUUGUCAACAAUAAGAAAGCAGCUGCUGGUUUUGUUAUCAGGGAUCAUGAUGGUUCUCCCCUUUUGCUAGUGCGCAAGCUAUUGGUCAUGCUUCAGUCCCCAUUGCUAAAGGAAGUGCUGUUCGUGAUGGUCUUUAUCAUGCCCUCCUCCUUAACUGUCGAAAGCUUUAUGUCGAAAGUGACUCCAAGUUAA